UCCCAGCUACGGCUGGGCUGUGCCGCCAUUUUGGAUUGUGUGGGUUUCUGGGAAGUUCCGAGUGUUCCUCACACCCCGCGGUUCCGCAGAUCACAGGCCCGGGCCCGCGUCCGAGUGUCAGGUUGGAGCCAGGAAGCGUCCCUGGGGGUAGCGGCGGCGGGGGCAGGAUGAGCGCGGAGGCGGCGGACCGGGAGGCGGCCACCUCCAGCCGGCCCUGCACCCCGCCGCAAACGUGCUGGUUCGAGUUCUUGCUGGAGGAGUCGCUGCUGGAGAAACAUCUGCGCAAGCCCUGCCCGGAUCCUGCACCAGUUCAACUUAUAGUCCAGUUUUUGGAACAGGCUUCCAAACCUUCAGUUAAUGAACAAAACCAAGUUCAACCUCCACCUGAUAACAAGAGAAAUCGUAUUUUAAAGCUACUAGCUCUCAAAGUUGCUGCACAUUUGAAGUGGGACUUAGACAUCUUAGAGAAAAGUUUGUCUGUUCCAGUAUUGAAUAUGUUGCUAAACGAACUGCUGUGCAUCAGUAAAGUUCCUCCUGGGACAAAGCAUGUAGACAUGGAUCUGGCCACUUUACCUCCAACCACUGCCAUGGCUAUACUUCUCUACAAUAGAUGGGCAAUUAGGACAAUUGUUCAAAGCAGUUUUCCUGUCAAACAGGCAAAACCUGGACCUCCUCAAUUAAGUGUUAUGAAUCAGAUGCAACAGGAAAAAGAGCUAACAGAAAAUAUUUUGAAAGUGCUAAAAGAACAAGCUUCAGAUUCUAUCUUGGUACUAGAGGCAGCCCUUAAGUUAAACAAGGAUCUUUAUGUCCACACAAUGAGAACACUAGAUUUAUUGGCCGUGGAACCAGGCAUGGUCAAUGGAGAAACUGAGAGUUCCACAGCUGGAUUGAAAAUCAAAACCGAGGAGAUGCAGUGCCAGGUGUGUUUUGAUUUGGGUGCAGCAUACUUCCAGCAAGGCUCUACAAAUUCAGCUGUCUAUGAAAAUGCCAGAGAAAAAUUUUUUAGAACCAAAGAACUAAUUGCAGAGAUAGGUUCAUUAUCUCUUCAUUGUACCAUAGAUGAGAAGCGGUUAGCUGGCUAUUGUCAAGCAUGUGAUGUUCUUGUACCUUCUUCUGAUAGUACAUCUCAACAGUUGACUCCAUAUAGUCAAGUCCAUAUUUGUUUGAGAUCUGGCAACUAUCAGGAGGCAAUAAAUAUUUUCAUUGAAGACAACUUAACCUUCAAUUUGCCUGUCCAGUUCCGUCAGUCAGUCCUAAGAGAACUCUUUCAGAAAGCUCAACAGGGAAAUGAAGCUCUAGAUGAAAUCUGUUUUAAAGUCUGUGCCUGUAACACAGUCCGUGAUAUAUUGGAAGGUAGAACAAUUAGUGUUCAAUUUAAUCAGCUAUUUCUUAGACCUAAUAAAGAGAAAAUAGACUUUCUUCUGGAGGUAUGUUCAAGAUCAAUAAAUUUAGAAAAAGCUUCAGAUUCUUUGAAAGGGAACAUGGCUGCUUUUCUAAAGAAUGUGUGUCUGGGGUUGGAAGAUCUGCAGUAUGUUUUCAUGAUUUCUUCACAUGAGCUUUUCAUUACAUUGUUGAAAGAUGAAGAACGAAAGCUACUUGUUGAUCAGAUGAGGAAAAGAUCCCCUAGAGUGAAUCUGUGCAUUAAACCUGUAACUUCAUUUUAUGAUAUCCCAGCCUCAGCAAGUGUUAACAUUGGCCAGUUGGAGCAUCAACUGAUACUGUCAGUGGAUCCCUGGAGGAUUCGACAGAUUUUAAUUGAAUUACAUGGGAUGACCUCAGAGCGCCAAUUCUGGACAGUAUCAAAUAAGUGGGAGGUACCUUCUGUUUAUAGUGGUGUUACUGGGAUUAAAGACAAUUUAACAAGAGAUUUGGUUUACAUUCUCAUGGCCAAAGGUUUACACUGCAGCACUGUUAAGGACUUUUCCCAUGCUAAACAGCUAUUUGCUGCUUGUUUGGAGUUGGUGACAGAGUUCUCACCAAAACUUCGUCAGGUCAUGCUGAAUGAGAUGCUGCUUUUGGAUAUUCACACACAUGAAGCUGGAACAGGGCAGUCAGGAGAGAGACCUCCUUCUGAUCUUAUUAGUAGAGUGCGAGGAUAUCUGGAAAUGAGGCUUCCUGAUAUUCCUCUUCGUCAGGUUAUUGCCGAGGAGUGUGUUGCUUUUAUGUUAAACUGGAAAGAAAAUGAGUACCUUACGCUUCAGGUUCCUGCAUUUCUGCUUCAGAGUAAUCCAUAUGUAAAGCUUGGACAGCUUUUAGCAGCUACAUGCAAAGAACUUCCAGGCCCUAAAGAAAGCAGACGGACUGCUAAAGACCUUUGGGAAGUUGUCGUUCAGAUCUGUAGUGUGUCCAGUCAACACAAAAGAGGAAAUGACGGCAGAGUUAGUUUAAUAAAGCAGAGGGAAUCUACAUUAGGUAUAAUGUAUCGGAGUGAGCUGCUUUCUUUUAUCAAAAAAUUACGGGAACCAUUGGUUUUGACUAUUAUUUUAUCACUCUUUGUGAAACUUCACAAUGUUCGGGAGGAUAUCGUGAAUGACAUUACAGCUGAACACAUUUCUAUUUGGCCAUCGUCCAUCCCCAACCUCCAGUCAGUGGACUUUGAAGCAGUGGCGAUCACAGUGAAAGAGCUAGUUCGGUAUGCCCUCAGUAUAAACCCAAACAACCAUUCAUGGUUAAUUAUUCAGGCCGACAUUUAUUUUGCAACGAAUCAGUAUUCAGCAGCUCUUCACUAUUACCUCCAAGCAGGGGCCGUGUGUUCUGAUUUCUUUAAUAAGGCUGUGCCCCCAGAUGUUUAUACAGACCAGGUAAUAAAACGAAUGAUAAAGUGCUGUUCUUUGCUGAAUUGCCACACGCAGGUGGCAAUUUUAUGUCAGUUCCUCAGAGAGAUUGACUAUAAAACAGCUUUUAAAUCACUGCAGGAACAAAACAGUCAUGAUGCUAUGGACUCCUACUAUGACUACAUAUGGGAUGUUACCAUUUUGGAAUACUUGACUUAUCUUCAUCAUAAAAGAGGAGAAACAGAUAAAAGGCAAAUUGCGAUCAAAGCCAUCGGCCAGACUGAAUUGAAUGCAAGCAACCCAGAAGAAGUGUUGCAGCUGGCAGCGCAAAGAAGGAAAAAAAAGUUUCUCCAAGCAAUGGCAAAACUUUACUUUUAAGCAGUUAGUUAAAAUUUUUUAACUUUUAUUUUUUAAACAAUGGGCUAAAAAUAAACAGUAUUAAAAGAUUAAGUUUAUAUAAUACAUAUGUACAUAGUGGUGUUUUCUUUUCAGACAAAAUGCUGAAACAUACUAGUUUAAAAACAAAAACUGUACAGAAGACUUCAUACCACAAUAGCUUAAAUUUAUAAUUUCUUCAAAGGAAGAAGAGAUUCACAUGUCCAGUAAUAGAAUAAACUAAUAAUCUAGUAUGAUUUUUCUAAUCAGAUCCACUUUUGAGGCUGAAAUUUCAUUUUUAAAAAAACUGCAAUAUUUAUGUGGAAGUAGCUAUCUAUAUACAGCAAGUUCUUAUGUCAAGGUUUUGUCUUUUUUUUUAAAUAAAUAGAUUUCUAGGAAUCAGUAUACAUUUACUGCCUUAAGAAAAUAGAAGUUUAGGUCAAGUGUUAAGCUUCAUCACUUUGACACUGUCCUUAACCCAUAAUGUAGGAAUUUUAAAAGGAUCUUAACAGUUUUGCAAACAUAAAUAAAGCCUUAGUCACACUAAAUUGUGAUAACCCUAAGGAUUUUUCUUUUUAGAGUAAUAAAGUGACUUUCUCAUGUAAAUAGUUUGAAAAAAUACUUAAGUUUUUCACUCAAAUUGUGAUGUACAAAAAAGUUAUAAAGCAAUCUGUGUGUCAAAGCCCCAAGUAGGAACCACAGCAUUUACCUUGUUUAUAAUUUCUUUGGUAUUCCCACUGUUUAGAGCACAGUUCAAACACCAUAUUCAUCUAAGCCCUACUGGUUAAAAAUGUUAUGGCAUGGCAAAUAAACAAGUCAAAUGGAUUAAAGUUCACCAUUUUUUAAAAAUUCAAGUUUUAUAAUAGCUUGCUACAAGCAGCUAUAAAUUAGUCACCUUAGUACAAAACUAAACCUUUGUAAACAAGUUUAAAUUUUAUUUUCAAGAACCAAAUUGCACUAGGCAAGAGUUGAUGAUAAAUUUUGAGAAUCUAAAAACUAGAUUCAAAGUACUAUUAUCACUUAAUGUACCCUUUAAGGUAGCGCUUAUCUAGUCGAAAACACCAAUGAUAAAAUUCCUAGUUUGUAGAUAAACAUAGUUAACACUGGAUCAAAAAAAAAAAAAAAUGUUAUGG